GAGUGCCUUUGCUUGUGAUGGCUGGUUUUAUGAAAUCUGUCAAUAUCUUUAAAGAUGAAUUAACUUGUUUUAUGUGCCUUCAGGUAUUUACAUAUCCAGUUUCGCUCAAAUGCUCGCACAGUUUCUGCCUCAAAUGCAUUCAGGAUCAUCUGAAGUACAAAGCAGCGGCUGACAAGUACAGUUGCCCCGAAUGCCACGCUGAGUUUGAGGUGAAGCCAAGACUAGUGAAGAAUGGAGAGCUGUCUGAGAAGGUGCAGCAGCAUGCAAGGUGUCAGCAGAAAGGCAUUACCUGUGAUUAUUGUCUGGAAGAAGAGGCCCCCGCUGUGAUGAGCUGCCUUCAGUGUGAAGCCUUCUUCUGCAUGGCCCACCUCCGUCCCCACAGCGAGAAGAUGUAUCUGAAAGAACACGUCCUGGUGGAGCCUGCAGAGGCAAUGUCCUUGAGAAAGUGUCCUGAGCACAAAGAAAUCCUGACGAUCUUCUGUAGAGAGCAUCGCACUUGCAUCUGCAUGCUCUGCUGUAACGUGGACGAGCACAAGCAGCACACAGUGUGUACCAUAGAGGAAGCAAAAAAAGAAGCAGAGGAUUCCCUUGUUGAGAAAUUACAGGACCUUAAUACAAAGAAGAUUAAAAUAAAGGAUACAAUAAAACAGCUUCGAGAAAUACACUCUCAUUCACAGGAUGCAUAUUCAGCCUUCCAUGAAAAAGCAGUUAAUCAUUAUAAACAGAUAAAAGCUCUCAUUGAAGAAGAUGAACUACAGGCUCUACAGUUCAUUGAGUCUGAAAGGCAGGUUGCCAUUUCACAUAUCGAAUCCCAGACCAAUGAGCAGGUGGAGGAGCUAGAUGAUGUGGAAAGAGCUCUCCAACAGAUUCAUCACCUUUUAAACCAGACUGACACUUUAAGGUUCCUCAAGGGUGUGAACUGCAAUGAAUAUAGAAUGCACUCCUUACUGAGGAAGCAACAGCUAAUUGUUCAUGAAACAGUCGUCGACGAAGAAAAACUUUCAUCCUUAAUUAAAUCCAUUACUAAGCUUUCAGACAGUUUAACAAAACAGACUGCCUCUGUCAGGAAGGCUUUUUUGUCAUAUGCAACAACUGUCACUUUGGACCCUGGAACUGCAAAUGAAAAUCUAAUUUUAUCAGAAAAUGGAACCAUUGUGCGCUACACAGACGAGCCUGUGAAAUCCCCGUACAAUCCCAAGAGGUUUGAUGACACCUUGUACGUGUUGGGAUGCGAGGGGUUCAACUUUGGACGGCACUACUGGGAAGUGGUUGUAAAAAGCAAGACAGACUGGGAGAUUGGAGUUGCAUAUUCUUCACUGCCCAGGAAAGGGAAAACCUGGCUGGGGAGAAACAACAUUUCAUGGUCUCUGGAUUGCAGCAGAGGCCAGUGCACAGGAUGGCAUGAUAAUAGGUCAAUAAAACUGAACAUGAACUCCAAUCUAGAAAGAGUCGGUGUGUAUUUGGAUUACACAGGGGGGGUGUUGUCUUUUUAUGAUGCUGAAAAGAUGACUCUUUUACUUUCUUUUUAUAGUAAAUUCACUGAAGCCGUUCAUGCUGUGCUCAACCCGUGUAACAGCAAAGGAGGGAAUGAUGCACCUUUAAUAGUUCUCUAGCUCAACGGUAAUCUGAAAAACUAGAAUUAACAUAAGCGCAUAAAGCAAUGCAUGUGUACUAAUGCAUUUGACUAUGAUAAUAUUCAAAAAUAAAACAGCAGUAAUGUCAUACUUCAGGACACUAUAGUUCUUAUUGUCCCUGAGGUGUCAUUUUUUUCUAAGUCUGAAAGUGCAAAAUGAUGACAUGAUAUUACAAUGCCAUUAUUUGCCAGUGAUGUUGUUAUUGACUAUGUCUCAGUUUUACAAUCUUUAUUAUCCUACAAUUCUGAUAUUUUUCACGUGAUACAUUCAGCGUUUAAAAUGAUAGCUUUCAGCCCAAGAGAGUUUUUUGUUUAAUUGUGUUGGUACCAAUGUUAAUACAUUUACAGUAUAUUGUGAACUUAUGUGUUUAAGACUCUGUCUGUUGUGAACAGUGUAGUGUACAACAUUUAACUUGACGAAUUUGUUCCUAAUCUGUGUUAACCGAAACACCUUUCUACUUUGAUUUAGUUUUCAGUUUAUUAAAAACAGAAAAUGAAGCAACUGUUUCCUGUUUUAGUCUAUCUCUAUACAAUCAAAGUAUUCUGCUCUUAAUAAUCAAAGACUAUAGCUGAAACCAAAGUCCACAAAUUAUCUUUUAACAAGUGCUAAUGAUCCUGAUUUAAUAAAAUAAGUUAUCUUUUGUAUAACUAGAUAUGAAUAUGGAAAUGCACAAGAGAAAAAAAAAAUGUGUUAUUUAUAAGUGAGACUGGGACAAUUUGUAUACCAGAAAUAUUAUAAUAUUGAACUGUUGUUUUCAGGAAAUGCUGCCUGUCAAAUGGAAAUACAUGGACUGAAUAGCUUUGUAUUAAAUAAUGCAUUUUUCUCUGGUAUGUUUAUUUUUAGAUUUUAUUUUGAUGCAGAUGAGGUUAGAAAUCUUGGAGUGUCUUUGGUCACACGGAUGACAUUUUAGACCAACAUUAAAGCUGUGACAAACACAGUUUACCAUUUUUGUAAUCUUGCUAAGAUUAGGUCUUAUCUAUCUGAGUGAGAUGUUGAGACACUGGUUCAUGCGUUCAUGACUUUUAGACUCUACUAUUGUAAUGCAUUAUUUAUUAGCUUAAUUUCUAAUUCCAUACGCAGAUUGCAGUUCAUACAUAUUCUGGAUGCCCAGCUACUGACAACAAUUGGCAUGCAUCAGCCUAUCAUGCAAAUCUCUCUUCACUGGCUACCAAUCCACAUAUUAAUUAAGAUUCUGCUUUUAACUUACGUUAGAGAUCAAGCCCCACCUACACCUAACCAGCUCUUUCGCUCUCUUUGAUCGUCAAAUCAGGGUCUGCUUGCAAGCUUUGAGAUAGACACAUAGACAGUCUUCAGUUGCUAUGCUCUAAAGCUCUGGAAUGGUCUUCCUCGUCUAGUUGCGAUUCAAAGACUCUCCUAGUUUAUAUAUCACUUUAAGACCUACGUAUCUGCAUUGGCAUGUAACAAUGCCUGACCUUAACUACUGAACAUUUUGGCAGCUUUUAUUUUGACGUGAUUUUUUAUUGUUUUUCUUAAGGUCUUUGGGUGGUUUUGAAUGUAAAACAUACUAUACAAGUGUAAUGUUGUUGUAGAUAGAUAUUGUUUACCUAAAUUAGAAUAGAAGUAAUUGGGAAGCAAUGGUGCAGUAAUGUUUUGCAGGGUCUUUCAUAGUGUUCCUGUGGCCAUUGAAUUUUAUUUCUAGUACAGUAUUAGCCCCUCUGUAUUUGUUCUACAGCUAUACAUGCUUUUCUUUAAGAACUAUAUAUAAAAGCAUGCCUAAAUGGUGAAAAGGGGGUAUUUGUUUGACAUGCUGUAAGCAUCUCUUGCCUUGCAUUACUUGAAAGAACUUAAUUUCUUUCUGAUGUCCGUGAUGAUGCUUUACCCUAAGCAUUUUAAUGACUCAUUAAAACAUUAGGUCUUAAUCAAAACCUUUUAGAACAUAUUUCUAAUAUAAAUGGAUCCAUAAACUGAAGCGGUGACUAGAAACAUACCAUGCCUUACAUUUAGAUUGACACAAACACCUGUGAAGUUGACAUGAUUCAAUUUUUUUAAAAUAUAUAUUUCAGAUGAAUUAUUUUCCUGCCUUUUGGAGAGAAAUGAAAGAUUCCAAAGGAUGCAAUUUAUAUAGCACAAGAUAGAUGCUUAUUUAUAGGCUCAUCCUUAUGAUCACUUUGAAGAAACACACAUCAGUCAUAUGAGGGAAACAUGCUAACAUUUACAGAAAUAAUAAAGUAAUUUAUAGAAGCAUGUUAUAACCAAUUAAAACGCAAUAUAAAAACACUGAUCUCUACCUUCUUGCCUGACUUGUCCCACUAUCUUUAUUUUUGUAUAGAAGCCUAUUUUCAUUAAGGCAAGAUGAAAUCCAAAAAGUGAUAUGCUUUCCAAGUGCAUUAACAUUUCUGAAUAGUACAUUUCUGUAAAUUAAAAAGGCAUCUGCUGCUGUAUCUGGCUGAUAUUUAGCCUAUCACUAUUUUACCAAAAAUGUAAACCAUCCCUUUAAUUUGGG